AUGUGCUGUCGCCAUGGGCUCCGCGUAUCGUUGCGACACGCGCUGCUGGUGGCAGUCUGCAGUGGUACUGCCGUCCCAGAGAGUCAGAGGUCUGGGUGGCCGGUCCUCUUUCGGUGCCAGGGGCUUCCCAGCAGACCCUUCCAGCUGCAGCGCCGAGCGCGCUACGCGCGCGUUGACGCGGGAACCGGCUUCCAAGAGGCGCUGGCUCUUUCCGAGGCUGGCCGCUGGCAGGCGGCGGCCUCAGCCUGGCGAGGCGUUUUGGAGGAUCCGUCCUCGCUUCCGGAAGCCCUCCGUCCACACGCGCACUGCGCCCUCGGAGAUGCUCUCCAGAAGCUGGGCCGGGACCGCCAAGCAGCCGAGGAGUUUACAGCAGCCACCAGAUUGGCACCGGGCUUCGCCGCCGCAGCACUACGUCGCGGCACAGCCCUGCGGCGGCUUGGGGAUUUCCGAGGUGCCGAAGCCGCCUACAGGAGCGUGCUUCGCCGCUCGAGUGGAACGCGGCAAGCGACUAUGGCAGAGCUCUCGCAGGCCUGUUCAGGAGCUGCAACCUCGAUGUUGCGGCAGGGCUUGCCAUCGAAAGCGGCACGUUUGCUGGAGGCCUGGGUGACCUCGACGGGUGCCAAGGCUAAGACGGCUAAGAGCUACGCCAGAAACCUGCUGUUGCUGGCUCUUGCCCUGUGGCUGUCCUCGAUUUGCCGCCGCAGCGCCGCAGGGCAGCCCAUCACCAACUGCGGAGGCCGGAGGGUGGUGGAGCUGCUGAGUGCUUCCGCGGAUGCCGAGGCGGCCCGCCGGCCCCUGGCCGAGACUUUGCGGUGGCGUGCGGAGGGCAGGGCGGAGGCUCAGGUGAGCGAUGACAGCGACGAGGCAUGGCUUGCUCGAGCGGCCUUCAACCGCCUCGCCGAUGCACCGCAGUGGGCACUGGUGGAGGAUAAAUGCAGCCUUGAUCGCCUCCUCAAGGACAACCUGGACAGCCGUGUGCUGAACUUGAUUUGGCCCAGGACCCUCCUCCUCCCAGCAGACUCCGUAGCUGUCUCAAGUGGAGCGCUCCGAGAUGAGGGCGGUGGCUUGUCAGAGCGCCUCGUGCGCGUCGUGGACGAUACCGACCAAGGUCGUGGAGAUGUCUUCUUCGCCGUGGGGGGGAAGACCUACGGCGCCCUUCGAGGGGUCCUCGCCCUGCACAGCAGCUUCUUCGAACGCAUGCUCUUCGGGGACUUCUCGGAGGCGCAGGCAAAGGAGCCCAUUGUCCUCGCGCAGUUCGACGAGUUUGGUGCGGCAUUUCGCUCGUAUCUCAUCUAUGUCCACACGAUGGAGGUCAAGAUCGACUCUCUGGUGCAGCUCUCCGACCUUCUCUCAGCAGCUCAAUACUUUCAGACCCCUGACCUGGCAGCCAAGUGCGAAGAGUGCCUUCAAAAGGUCGAGAUCAUCCCCAAGAACUGCGUGGAGAUGAUUCAUGUCUGUGUGAAGCACGGGCUGUCAGAGCAGCUUCGGAGGGCUUGGUGCGUUUUGGGUGCAAAGGCCGACGAAAGCUUGACGGACCCGGCUGCAGCAGUGCGUCUGCUGCCCUACACGCUGCUGAGGCACCUCUUCGUGUCGAGCGUGUCCAAUGUCUCGGAGGUGACUCUGGUCCGGCUUCUCGCCGUUCUUGGCGACAAGGAGAGGGGCGAGCUCCUUCCUUUUGUACGCCUCCCGCUCAUCUCAGCAUCAGACAUGUGGAAUGUCGUGGUCCCAUCAGGCCUCUUCGAGUCGAAGCUCUGCAUUCAGGCUUUGGCCCACCAGCUGGACCCGAACGCGAUUCAGGUGUCCCCGCGCUCCCAGGUCGACAAGCGCACCUUCAAUCCGGAGGCCCUCAUCAUGUGGGACUUGGGCAUCAAGGGAGAAGACGGCCCUUGGCGCCUGUUUCCGGGUGGCAAGGCCGCGGCCUUCUACGCUCUGAAGGGGAAGGGGAAAAACGGCUUUUUAUUUGCCGGCAUCAUGUCCGAGAUCCAGAGUGCAGGAUCCUUGCUUUCUGGCUGGCAGCAAGCCUUCUUGGCCGUGGCCUCCUUCCUUCUGCAGGUGGUGGUCGUGGGGCGUUUCUACUCCUAUGGCACACUUUUCGCUGCACUGAAGGCAGACACGGACGAUGCAGCCAGCACCCUGGCACUUGUGGGUUCGACUCGGGACUUCGUGUUCUACUUAAGCAAUGCGCCAGCAGGAUUCCUGGUCCAUCGCGUCGGCUACGUGCGGAUGCCAGCAAUUGGAGGAGCUUUACUUGUGCUUGGCAUGCUUGCAGACAGCUACGCCCCCUCGAGCUACUUCCUCUUCAUGAGCUGUAGUUUGGUCGGCGGGGUGGCCAUGGCCAUGAUCUUCACCCCAGCCAUGACGGUGCUCUAUGGUCACGGCCGUAUCAGUCCGAGCUUUCUGCCUGUGGCCGUGGGUCUGGCUUCGUCCGGCGGAGGCCUGGGAACCGUCGUGGCGAGUGUGGGCUUCGAGCGACUGCUGGACAGCUUCAGCUGGAGGGGUGCGCUCCGGAUUUGCUGUGGAGUCUCUGGCCUUCUGCUGUUUGUUUCCGUGGUGGCUCUUUGGUGCAGCCUUCGCCACAAACCAAAGCAGACCAGAGAAUCCACCACCAACUCUCGAAAGUUGAGAAGCUGUGGCGAUGUCCGAGACUUCUUACAGCCUUUCGGAGACUUGCAGUUCUUGCUCUACAACGUCCCUUUGUUCCUCUACUGUAUCGGCUUCAUGGUGCCCUACACGCACCUCGUUUACUAUGCAGAAACCGAGAGGGGCCUUGAAAUCUCUGGAGAGCUUACUUCACUGCUUGGCGGAGCAGGUGCAGCUGGUCGAUUGUGCUUCGGCCUGUUGUCUGCCUCCGUGCGGCCUUCGAGGCUUUUCCUGGUCGUGCUGCUCGUGCAGGGGGCGUGCUUAGUUUGUCUGCCUUUCUGCGCAGAUGCCGCAGAACUGAGGGCCUUCGCUGCCACCUACGGCUUCUCUUCCGGAGGCCGUGUUGUUCUGUUGUCGCUGGUAGUGAACGAGCUUUUCGACCCACAGAAAGUAGCGCACCUCUACGGUCUUUGUGGCAUUCCGAUCGCGUUCGGCUCGAUUCUUGGGCCCACCUUGGUCGGCAAGGUCUAUGAUCUCAGUGGCCACUAUGAGGGCGCCUUCUUUGCGGCCGGCGGGAUCGUGCUCAUGGCAGUCCCUGUGUUUUGCCUUGCGGUUCUUCGUCCGCGAUCCAUCGAGAAGCCUUCGUCGGUUAUGGAAAAUCCGGAGAAGGCGGAUCAUCUUGAUCAUGUGAUUCCGUCGUGCGAUGCAUCGGAUGAAUCCCCCAGUGGGCAGUACAAGCUGUGA